GAUGAUCGAAUUAACCUACCAUGGACUUCGGUACAUUGCCUCGAGAAGUAACAUUCUGACUGUGCUUUUCACUGGCUAUUCUCAUUCUUUGUUUGGCAGGCAUUUUGUUGGCUUUAGCGAAAGCAAAGAAGAAAAUUUCUAAUUUACCAGUCUUGUGUACCAGCAACUGACAGUCAAAAUAUCGAAAAGGCAGCCUACUUGUUUUUAACAAUUGAAUGUUGCUUAUGACGAAAUCUACGGUGAUUGGUCAGUUGUUGUCACAUGGAAAUAUAUAUUCUUCCUGUCCCUCGGGCUCCUUCGCAACGUGUGCUCCUUCGUAAUGAACUCCUCCACACAUAGUGGCAAGUUCAAAUUGAUAAGCCAACGUGACGGUGAUAUGAUGUGAUAAUUGCAAGUUGGAGAAACUGGUCAUAACUAAGAAGCCAUGGAAAAUUCUACUCUCCCAUGUCUUGUAGGGGAAGAACCACCUCUAUGGGACUCAUGCUUUUCACAGCGAUCCAAACCAACCGAUGUGACAGCAUAUGAGCCUGCAGUAAAAACAACAGAAUCAAAGAAGGCAAAAGAGAAAAAUGAAGUAAAAAACAUCCCAAAGAAAGCUAGGAAAAGAAAAAGAAGAAAUAAUUUUUGGAGAAAAAAGAAAGCUAAAAUAUUGCAACCAGCACCACCUUAAGUUGCUUUGGCUGUAAAAGAGGCAGAGAGGCCUGAUGGCCAAUACACAGGGUACACUGAUGAUGAUUUUGAUGACAUGUACCUAAGGGCUGCAAACAGUUUUUCUGGAAAACACUUAGCAAACUGGGAUGAUCAACAUAGAUUGUACCUCAGCAACAAGGCCCCAGCCAAUCAACCUAAUUCUAAAAAUGCUCUUAUGCAACAACAUGUGAGAGAAGCUCAAUAUAUGUUUUAUGGUAGUUUUAGAGAAAAUUGCGCAAAGUCAGGCUCAAAGAAAAUGAUUGGAAGACAACAUUUAGAAAUAAUAGAUAUUGAACCACAGUUGUAUAAUAGUUUUGAGGGACCUGCACUGAUUGUUGGCCCUCAAAAUAAAGUUGUCAAUGGAGAGAAAAAAGAUGAAAAUUUGAUAGUAGUCAAUGAGAAUGUGCUGGAAGACAAUCAACAAUCAAAGACUAAACUGCUUUUAGAACUGAAAGUACAAAAACUAACAGAGGAGAAUCUAAAUCUGAAAUCUCGAAUGACAGCUAUUGAAAUUGAAAAAGAGAAGCUUAUUUUGGUUAAUGGUCAGCUGGAAAAGCAAGUACAGAAUGACAAAACCAUUCAAAAACUCAAAAACAUACAGAUAGACGCUUUGAACUGUGAAAUAGAAGGCCUGAAGCGACUCAUAUUUUCACUUCAGAAUCCAAGGUGACUGCAUCCACAUAAACAGAAUUUUGGAUCAUGUCGUUAUCAUAUUUCGAGGUUUAUGUGAAAAUGUCUUUAUUAUGCACUCAUAAAGACUCGAAGAUCAGAAUCGUAAAGUGUUGCUGUUCCGUCCAUGUAAUGACUCAACUAUGGUACCAAUGUUCUUUGCUUCUGAAUAUUUUGUGAAAGAAGGGAUUUUGAAAGUGCUCGUAAGAACAGAAUAAAAUAUAGUUUAGUUUAGUUUAGUUUAGUUAAGAUAGUUUUAAUAGACAGAUAAAUAAUAUACAGAUGUUUAUUCAGAUAAUAACAAUUAAUUUCCCUCUAAAAAUACCUAGAUGUGCUGGAGUGUUUUAGCGAUAUUGUUGUAGAGAACUCUUGGCUCACUCCCCAGACUUCAGAGAAGGUAAGCGAAUUAUGGGAAAAGAUAACGAACAAGUUGAGGUUUUAAGAGCCACGAGUUUCCAUAUAAACAUGGUUUUCUCGAGUUUUUCACAAUAGUGCUGUGACGCUUCAUCUCUUAUACAUAUUUUGUGGAAAUUAAAUUUGGACAAGAGUAUCAAAAGAAGUAUAUAGAAAAAGUUGUUUACAGAAUUGUUAAAAAAUGGUUUAAAGACAUCGCCUUCUUUUGCAGCUAAGUUUUAUAAAACAAGGUGAAACGCAUGCCUUAACGGAAGACCACUAUAAUCUUUAAAGCAACAGAGAUCCAGUUUGAACUUAUUUUAUAUUUAUUAACAGGACACCUUUAAAUUUCAUGUCAUUCUAAUUCUAUCGUAUUUAUUUAGAAAUUUUUUCAUAGAUUCAUGUGCGCAGCCAACUAUUCUGUGACCAAUUAUUGAUAGCGAAUGUUUUUAAAUAGAGACAGAUCUAUACUAUGACGUAAUUAGAGUGGGUGCCUGAGUACCAUACAAAUAGAGGAUAAACAGCACCCCAUCGAUUUCCGUUCUUUAAUAGUCAUGGUUACGUACUCGUAAUCAUAAAAUUUUUGCAUAAUUUUACAGAAAAUUAUUAAUAAAAGGAUAUAAAGUUUUAUUUUGCCCAAAGAGUUCUGCCAAUUUAUAUAGAAUUUAUAUACCAAUAUUUAGUACGUUUUUUCCAAUCACUAUCGUAAAUAUGUAUAACAAUUGUUUGGUUUUCAUAUACUAAUUUUGUUUAUCUUUGUUGUGUUAAAGUUCCAAAAAGUUGUGUUAUUGUUAUUUUUAUUUAGAAAAUAUGAUACAUCUCAUAAAAUAGCGUCUUUUUGUACUUGAUAUUGGCUCACAGUUUUUUAAGAUAGAAAAUGAAUAGUCGAAUUUUAGAAAAGAAAGAUAAAUAAAAUUGGAAUAGAUGUUACAAGCUUUGAUAAAAUAUACUCAAAUACCAUAUUUAUUCGGGAACAGGUUGGGCUGGUCCGCGAAAUACAGUUUUUAAGCAGGCAUUUAGCAGAGUUGCUGGAAAAAUUACUUUUGAAGGCAAUGCACAGCUUCCUACAAUUAUAUUAGCAUCUAAGAACAGUGGAUUGUACCGAAAAUUCCCUGUUUACAAUAAGCUUAAAUAGCUUCAUACAGUAGACUCCGGUUAUAUCCACAUCAAAUGUUGCUUGAAAACUUGUGACUGUAAAUGGAGCUACAUUACAUUGACCAGUUUGCAUAUUUGUGUCUUUAUUUUUGUGAUUGUAUCCAGUACUGUGACUUCAAGCGUAAUUAUUAAGCGGUUGCGGCUGAAAUUAUUCUCUCCAAGUGUGUUCUCUUCUUCUAACAAGGGUUAUAUAAAUAUCCCUUUCCAACAGGGGAAUAUGUUCGAAAAGGCGUUAAAAACAGCUGGCUUUUGCACUUUACUCGA